AUGACUUUUAGCGAUGUCACAUAUGAAUCAGUGAAAGAUCUUCCUUUUGCAAAUGGGAAGUUCGAAUCAACCCCAAAAGUCACAAAGUCCGUAAUAAACUUCAAUUUGAAAAAAGAUGGACGGCCCGUUACUUUAUUCAACAUUCAUGAUGCGUCUAUCGUUCCUGAAAGUUUGAUCACUGCACUUCAAAAUGAAUUCAAUUUUGUUGUCGAAGAGGGUUUAACGUAUCCUUACCAUGAGGUCAAAUCAUAUGACGAUUUUAAGAGUUAUUGGUUUCUUCAUUUCGUUUCAAUUUUUAUAGACGGAAAUUUUACUUCAUUCAAUGAUCUCAAAUUACAAAAUCUAUCAGUGGAAGAAUGGAACAACAUAUUCCUCGGCACAUUCUACGUCAAACCAAAUUACAUUGGCCGAUGCUCACAUGUUUGUAAUGCUGGAUUUGUCGUCAACCAUAUGAAACGUGGAUUAGGGUUGGGAAAAGAAUUGGGAGCAAAGUAUUUAGACAUUGCACCUCAAUUGGGAUACGUCUAUUCAGUAUUCAAUUUGGUGUUUGAGACCAAUGUAGCAAGCUUGAAGAUUUGGGAUUCUUUGGGGUUCGAAAGAAUUGGGUAUGUUAAGAAUGUGGCUGUAUUGAAGGGACAUGAUAAAUUGGUAGGUGCUUACAUAUUUGGAAAGGACUUGCAGUAA